AUGGAUCUUCCCCGCCUUAUCCCUGUCCCGCCAUCUGUGGUGCGGGAAACCAUUCCAAACGAAGAAUGGGAGGUCACAUUGGACGCUUGGAUUCUCUUGACGGAGUUACGCCUGCAUCUAUCUGCCAAGCAGUUCGAAGAAUGCGCACAUAUAGACGGAUUCAAUGUCACCUUUCUGGCGUCAUAUUUCGCUGCCCAUGGCGAUGCUCGGCUUCAUGCAUCGAAUACCAAUCGGCAUUUGACCACUGCCAUGAAGGCAAAACAUCUUCGACGGAGUAUCUUUCUACUGCUAAGACGAUAUUACUUGGAUGUCCAGUUAUUUCCUUUGGCGGAUGAGUUGCUGGAUUGGCGAUUCCUGAGCCAGUUCAGUGAUACCUAUCACUCAAGCUCCGCACUGAAGCAGCUGUUAUUAGAAGUAUGGGCACGAUACGAAAAUGAAAUAACAUCUAGUCUCGAAAAAGGAAAAGCUGAAGUUACGGAGAUGCUUCUGAAGGCGGAUAAUGUAAAAAAAUUGGCCGCAGCUCCUGAUAUAAUCCUCGAUAUGCGAAGAUUAAGCGUCCUAAGCUCCGCGUUACCGUACGCUGGUUAUCUGUUGAUGGCAGGGUCCGACUAUCUUGAUUCUUUGCAUGAUGCUUACCGAAUAUCUUUUCUCGCCAGCGACGAAGCUGACGGUAGAGCCUUGAGGAACGCACUGGUUGCCAAUGUCUACGUUGGGUUAACAUCUUUACUCAAAAUACCCAACCCAAACCUAUCUCUUUUCCUGGACCAAUUAUUCUCCCUGAAAGUUUCCGCGGGUGUCGAUGCAACUUCCAGCAAAACGAGUGAUCUGUCUCCAGAGCUAUUGUCUGAUUUAGUAUGUAGCACGGAUAUUCUCGUUCGGAUCGAGCGAAACUUAGUAUCAAGCUCGCAGAAACGUGGCCAAGACCUCGUCGAUUCAUUACGAGAAUAUCAACACCGGAUGAGAUCAAUACAUAAUCAACACUAUCAGCGACACAAGCAAAUAAAGGGCAAAGGCAAAAUGAAAGCAGUUGCAGACAAUGGUGACGGCGCACGCGUCCAUAAAAUGUCUUUGAUAACACAAAUCCGCGACCUUUUCCCGGAUCUUGGAGAGGGCUUUGUUGUCCGGUUGCUAAAUUACUAUGCAGAUAGUGUCGAAAGUAUAGUGGCCCAUUUGUUGGAGGGCUCUUUGCCACGGGAAUUGAAAAUCCUCAACAGGGCAGAGCCUCUAUCGGAUCACAAUAUGCAAAAUCACGAUGUGAUGGAGCCUCAUCACACCCCACCGCAUGUCACCUCACCUCAACCGACAUAUACACGGAACAUAGAUUUAGGGGAUGAUGAGAUCAUACAAGCUGCGCGAUCUGCGGCCAGAGUUCAGGCGCAAGGUGAAGCUGGUGGACAGAAGAAGAAACUGUUUUUUGGCAGGGCCAAUAUUGACUCCACUGCUGAUAGCAUCCUUGCUGAUCGAAGUCAACAUGCUGCUAAUAAAGCUGCGAUACUAUCUGCGCUAGCAAACUUUGAUUCCGAUGACGACGAGCGAGAUGAUACCUAUGACCUAGCUGAUGUUGGGGAUGCAGAGGGCGAGCAAGAAAGGCGUAGUCGGAUAAGUACAGGCGCCGUCGGGGAUACAGAUAAGGAUACUGCAGGUCUCGAUAUGACUUUGUAUCGACUAUGGAAGUCAAGUCCUGCCCAAUUUGCACGCGAUUCGAAAACUCGACGAUCACAUUCGCGGGCUACGCUGAAACACGAGACUGGAAUGACCGAUGAAGCCAUCGAAGGAUGGGCGGCCAUGCUUCAGCGAGAUAAGAAAAAGCAAUCUCGCCUAGAAACAAGAUUAGCUCUUGAGGCCGGCAUGGGUGGUGCUGGGGGAGCAGCGGCGAGUCAACCAGAGUUGGGCUCAGCCGCAUAUCGAAGACCGGGCGCGAUAACGGUGGCCGACGAGGAUGAAAGUCCGGAGAAGAAUGAUGGAUCAUCUACCGGGCUAAAUGCUCGCUCGAGAGGAAGAGGGCGGGACGGUACGGGAAGAGGAGGGUCUGGCAGUGGGGGACCGAAUCGAGGACGCGGAGGAAAUCGUGGACGAGGCGCCAAUCACCGUCGAAGAGAUCAACAUGCUAAGAAGAUGGUGAGAGCUGGAGUGCUUCCUAGUUAGUAUCCUAUCAUGGUAAUUUGAAACAAUUCAUGUGCUGCUCACGUGCUCGCUAGGAGUACCCAUGGAAGGUUAGUCCACGGCUAGAGUAUCUGUCACUUAAAUAGUGUAAGAAUUGCGCGUCUCGUAAUACAUAUUCUCUUGGAAUUCUC